GGAUCUGACGUGGGCUUGACACCUUUCUCAGCUUCUCCCUCCCGCAGCUCCAGUGGCCGAGCUUCAGCUUCCCUGGUUCCGCAACCCUUUCCCUCUUCCUCUCCGAGAUAAGCCCCGGUUGAACCUCAUAAGGGCCCUCUGGAUCCUCAAGCCCACCCUGGACCCUCGGAAGCUGCCUUUCCCCUCCCACUUUCCCCGGCUAUCUAUCUAUCCAUCCCGAUGGGCCCAAGCUCCCGAACAAGGGGAUAACCUUCGGCCCUCUCGGCCCCACCCCCCGCAGCGGGAGCCGCGCCCCCCUUUGCCAUAGAUCGCAGAGCAAAGGAUAAAGAUUGAGCAAAAGGGGGCGGACUCCAAGCAACCUCUAGGCCAAUUCUGCUUCUCCAUCCCAAAGGAAGAAAAUUUGCCUUCCUUUGCCGACCCUUAGCAGGAAAGCAAAAUUAAAGGAAAAGAUAAAAGGACGCAGAGGGAAAGUGACAGCGAGAUUAUUCAGAAGAGCCACAGAGGAGAGAAAUUAGUGUGAGUCGCCAUGGGGACUCCCAAGGCCCAGCACCCGCCGCCUUCCCAGCUGCUGCUCCUAAUUCUGCUGAGCUGUGCCUGGAUUGAGGGUCUGCCCCUGAAGGAGGAUGAGAUGAUGCCAGAGCCUGGAAGUGAGACUCCCACAGUGGCCUCUGAGGACCUGGCUGAGCUGCUCCAUGGGGCUUUGCUGCGGAAGGGCCCAGAGAUCGGCUUCUUGCCGGGAUCUGACCCAGACCCCACACUAGCCACCCCUCCAGCCGGCCAGACUCUUGCAGCACCUUCCCUGCCACGUGCCACUGAGCCAGGGACAGGGCCUCUGACGACAGCUGUCACCCCCAAGGGAGUCAGGGGGGCAGGCCCCACCGCGCCAGAGCUGCUGACCCCACCCCCUGGAACUACAGCCCCGCCCCCGCCUGGCCCCGCCUCCCCAGUCCCACCCCUCAGGCCUGAGGGAGGAGAGGAGGAAACCACCACCACCAUCAUCACCACAACAACUGUCACCACCACUGUCACCAGCCCAGUUCUGUGCAAUAACAACAUCUCGGAGGGCGAAGGGUUUGUGGAGUCUCCGGACUUGGGGAGCACUGCCAGCCGCUCCGUGGAGCUCCUAGAUUGCACCUACAGCAUCCAUGUCUACCCUGGUUAUGGCAUUGAGAUUCAGGUGCAGACACUCAACCUGUCUCAGGAGGAAGAACUUCUGGUGUUGGCCGGUGGGGGUUCUCCAGGCCUGGCCCCCAGACUCCUGGCCAAUUCCUCCAUGCUGGGAGAAGGACAAGUGCUGCGGAGCCCAACAAACCGGCUGCUCCUGCAUUUCCAGAGUCCUCGAGUCCCAAGGGGCAAUGGCUUCAGGAUUCACUAUCAGGCAUACCUUCUGAGCUGCGGCUUCCCACCCCGGCCAGCCCACGGGGAUGUGAGCGUGACAGACUUGCAUCCUGGGGGCACUGCCACCUUCCACUGUGACUCAGGAUACCAGCUACAGGGUGAGGAGACCCUCAUUUGCCUCAAUGGUACCCGGCCAGCCUGGACUGGUGAACCCCCUAGCUGUACAGCAUCUUGUGGUGGCACCAUCCACAAUGCCACACUGGGUCGCAUUGUAUCCCCUGAGCCUGGGGGAGCUGCAGGGCCCAACCUCACCUGCCGCUGGGUCAUUGAAGCGGCCGAGGGACGCCGGCUUCACCUACACUUUGAGAGAGUCUCACUGGAUGAGGACAAUGACCGGCUGAUGGUGCGCUCAGGGGGAAGCCCCCUGUCCCCUGUGAUUUACGACUCUGACAUGGAUGAUGUCCCUGAACGCGGUCUCAUCAGUGAUGCCCAGUCCCUCUACGUAGAACUGCUUUCAGAGACACCAGCCAACCCCCUGCUGCUCAGCCUCCGAUUUGAAGCCUUUGAGGAGGACCGCUGCUUCCCCCCGUUCCUGGCUCACGGCAAUGUGACCACUACAGAUCCUGAGUUCCACCCAGGAGCACUGGCCACCUUCUCAUGCCUCCCAGGAUAUGCUCUGGAGCCACCAGGACCCCCCAAUGCUAUCGAAUGUGUGGAUCCCACCGAACCCCACUGGAACGACACAGAGCCAGCCUGCAAGGCCAUGUGUGGAGGAGAGCUGUCUGAGCCAGCUGGUGUGGUACUCUCUCCCGACUGGCCCCAGAGUUACAGCCCUGGCCAAGACUGCGUGUGGGGCCUGCACGUCCAGGAAGAGAAGCGCAUCUUGCUCCAAGUUGAAAUCUUGAAUGUUCGCGAAGGGGAUAUGCUAACACUGUUCGACGGGGACGGUCCGAGCGCUCGAGUCCUGGCCCAGCUGCGAGGACCUCAGCCGCGCCGCCGCCUCCUCUCCUCUGGACCUGAUCUCACUCUGCAGUUUCAGGCACCCCCUGGUCCCCCAAAUCCGGGCCUAGGCCAGGGUUUCGUGUUACAUUUCAAAGAGGUCCCGAGAAACGAUACGUGCCCGGAGCUACCACCACCUGAGUGGGGCUGGAGGACAGCAUCCCACGGGGACCUUAUCCGGGGUACAGUGCUCACCUAUCAAUGCGAGCCUGGCUAUGAACUACUGGGAUCAGACAUCCUCACUUGCCAAUGGGACCUGUCCUGGAGCGCGGCGCCACCUGCCUGCCAAAAGAUCAUGACUUGUGCUGACCCUGGCGAGAUCACCAAUGGCCAUCGGACUGCCUCAGAUGCUGGUUUCCCUGUGGGCUCCCACGUCCAGUAUCGCUGUCUGCCAGGGUACAGCCUGGAAGGAGCAGCUGUGCUCACCUGCUACAGCCGGGACACAGGCACACCCAAGUGGAGUGAUCGGGUCCCCAAAUGCGCCUUAAAGUACGAGCCGUGCCUGAACCCCGGUGUUCCUGAGAAUGGUUACCAAACUCUGUACAAGCAUCACUACCAAGCGGGCGAGUCGCUACGCUUCUUCUGCUACGAGGGCUUUGAGCUCAUCGGCGAGGUCACCAUCACAUGUGUACCCGGUCACCCCUCCCAGUGGACCAGCCAGCCCCCACUCUGCAAAGUGGCCUAUGAGGAGCUCCUGGACAACCGAAAACUGGAAGUGACCCAGACUACAGACCCAUCACGGCAGCUGGAGGGUGGUAAUCUCGCUUUGGCCAUCCUGUUGCCCCUGGGCUUGGUCAUUGUCCUUGGCAUUGGCGUUUACAUAUACUACACUAAGCUACAAGGAAAAUCCCUCUUUGGCUUCUCGGGUUCUCACUCUUACAGUCCCAUUACGGUGGAGUCAGACUUCAGCAACCCACUGUAUGAAGCUGGGGUGAGUCUCUCCCCUCCCCUUGGUAUGUCCCAUCUGUCAGUUUACCCUUAGACCUUCAUAAUUGUCUUCCAAAGUCCCUGUGAUCUUUUGGGGGGGUGGGGGAUUUCAAACUUGGUUGCCCACAAAAGCUAUGACAAUAACAAAGCAAGCUCUGUGUAAACAAUAGGGAAUAAUAGGGACUGUAGCAACCUAGGGAACCAGAGCCUGUCUACAGGACCCAGCUCCAAUCCAUAGUGGGUGCUUAGGCUCAACCUCCAGAUCUUCCAACUGUCCAAGACAUUUCAGAAAUUCAUAUCUCUGUCAUCUUUUUGUUGUUGUUGUUGUUGUUGUUUUUGUUUUGUUUGUUGUUGUUGUUGCUUUUUUUUUUGAGACAGGGUUUCUCUGUAUAGCCCUGGCUGUCCUGGAACUCACUUUGUAGACCAGGCUGGCCUUGAACUCAGAAAUCUGCCUGCCUCUGCCUACCAAGUGCAGGGAUUUUAGGCGUGCACCACCACGCCCGGCUCUUUGUCAUCUUAAGAUACUCUAGUAUAGGGCUGGAGAGAUGAUUCAGUGGUUAAGAGCACUGACUGCUCUUCCAGAGGUCCUGAGUUCAAUGCUCUUUUCUGGAGUGUCUGAAGAUAUCUAGCAUUUAUAUAUAUAUAUGCUAGAUUAUAUCCAGGAAGCUUGCUUGCUUUGUUUUUUUUUGUUGUUGUUUGUUGGUUUGUUUUUAAGACAAGGUCUCACUAUAUAUUGUUUUGUUUGUUUGUUUGAAACGGGGUUUCACUAUGCAUUGUUUGUUUGUGUGUGUUUUGAGACAGGGUUUCUCUGUGUAGCCCUGCUGCACUGGAACUUACUCUGUAGACCAGGCUGGCCUGGGACUCUCAGUGAUACGCCUGCCUCUGCCUCCUGCAUGUUGGGGUUUAAAGUGUGCACUACCACACCUGUUUGAGAAUCUUUACUAAAAACAAUUACUAAAAAACAAUUUCUAAAAAUUUUAAAAUUGUUUUAUGUGUAUGGGUAUUUGCCUGACUAUAUGUCAGUACACCAUCUGCCCUCAGAUGCCAGAUGGGGGCAUCAGAUCCCCUGGAACAGGAGUUAGAGAUGGUUGUGAGCUGCCUUGUGAGUGCUGGGAAUGUAACUGAAGUCCUCUGGAAAAGCAGCCAGGACUGCUAAGCUCUGUCCAGAUCCUCUAUAUUAAUUUAAAUACAAAGGUCUUGCUGGAUGUAGUAGCUCACAAUUUUAAUUCCAGCACUUCAGAGGCAGAGGCAAAAGCAGAGACAGGAAGAUCUCUAAGUUUGAGGCCAGCCUGGUCUGCCUAGGGAGUUCCAGGACAGACAGGGCUACAUAGAGACACCAUGUCCCAAAAUAAUAUGAAGAUCUAUUGGAGAGUGUGUGUGGUACUAGAGACUGAACUUAGUGCCUUAUGUAAAGUCAAACAACAAUUUCAAUGUCUCAUUCUCUUUUGUAUUUUGAGACAAGAGUCUCUCUAUAGCUCUGGCAGGUCUGGAACUCUAUUUAAAUCAGGCUGGCCUCAAAUUCACAGACCCACCUGCCUCUGCCUCCAAGUGCUGGGAUUAGAGGUGUGUGUAUAAUCAUGCCUGGCUCUCUAGUCCUCUUUAAGACAAGGUUUAAAUUUUCUAGUCUAGCCUUGAGCUACUCUUAUACCCCCCAGGCCAGCUUUGAAUUGUGAGCUUCCUGCCUCUACCUCCCUGGUAGUUGGGAUUACAGGUUGGCACCACCAGACUUAGGACUGAUAUGUCUUCCCGCUUCUUGUGGAUGCUUCUUCACCCCCAAC